AUGUCGACCCCGGCCUAUGUCCCACCUCCCCCGCCGCCGAUACCCAAGCGGCCUACGGCUGUGACCACAGACUCGGAGAAGAAGGGUCCAACAAUAUGGGAGCGAACGAAGGGUGCCUCGAACACUGCGUACGAGAGAGGAUUGAAGCCAGGCUUCAACAAGGUCUACAAUGUCGUCGACAAGUUGGGUGCGCCCGUCAACCGCCUGUCUAACAAGAUGGGUUCAGAGGCCUUCUGGCCGACGACGAUGGAUAAGGAGUCGGAGAAGGCUGCGAGAAUCUUGAGAGGAUUUGUCAAGGACGGUUUCUAUGAGCAAGUCGACAGCGAUGAUGCGGAGCGAGUGGCUACCAGACAGGAACGAUCAGGUGUGACACAAGAAGGCGUGCCAAAAGGUAAGCAGCGAGUGGUGGUCAAGAUCCCCACAAAGGUGAUCAAGAAUGCUGUCGGCCUCGUUAUAUUUACGACAAUGCGCACGGGCUGGGUGCUGGGUGGCUCAGGUGGUUCGGGAGUGUUGGUCGCUAGGCAUCCGGAGACCGGCGAAUGGAGUCCUCCCAGCGGUGUUCAGACUCAGAAUCUUUCCGUCGGAUUCCUGAUUGGCGUCGACAUCUACGACACAGUGCUCGUCAUCAACACGUACAAGGCAUUAGAGGCAUUCACCAAAUUACGGUGCACAUUAGGAACAGAGGUCGGUCUUGCGGCGGGCCCGGUGGGCAUCGGAGGCGCCCUCGAUUCAGAAAUCGCAAAGCGCCAGGCUCCUAUAUUCUCUUACGUCAAGAGUCGGGGACUGUAUGCUGGGGUGGCAUUGGAAGGCAAUCUGGUCAUUGAAAGGACUGACGAGAACAAGAAGUUCUAUGGCUACGACAUAACGGCACAAGAGAUCCUCAUCGGGAGAGUCAUCGCUCCCCCAAGAGAUGAGUAUCAAGUCUUGAUGGACACAUUGAGAGCUGCGCAGGGUGACGACGUGGACGAGUCUUUGUUGCCAGAGAGUGGCAUGGCUCCUAGUGACUUCGAAAUCGAUGACAACGCUGACAAAGGCCCAACAUUCGGCAUACCUGAGGCGGACGACGACGAUCCAUACGGUGUGAAGGCGCUCGAGGCAGAGGGCCUAGUUAUACGCGAAGCCGGUACUCACCAAAGACCAGCUGCUGACGCAUUCAAUUUCAAUCCUUCGCCAUCUUCUCCCAUCUACGGCCAUUUUUCGCGCAAUAGUGUUGACGGCAGAAGUUCCAUAAGAAGCAAGACAUGGCGAGACAGCACCGCCAGUCUAGCCAUGUCAGAUCGCGGCGUCCAGACAGAUGAAGGCGAACUCGAUUCACCAAAACGAAGCAGUCGACUAAGCAGUGUCAGCCGCCAAGUGAGUCCACCGAAGAAAGUUGAAGAGAAAAUGGACGAAAACGUGACUGGCACCGAGAGGCACGAAUCACCGGAAGGUCAACGACGAGAUUCCUUCUCAGACAUUGACUCUGACGUUGAGAUCCAUGAGGUGAACCCAGUUGUUAUGAAGGCGAGAACGGUGAAAACAGUGAAUUCGCCCAAGCGAGGUCCUCCUCCAGCACUACCUCCACGGAACCCUGGCCGAGUCGUGUCGCCAUCGCCGUUGCACGAAGAUUCACCAGCAGACGAUCCGAGCGACGGCUUCUCCAAGAUCGAUCUGAAUGGUGAUGUGCCUACGGCCAAUACGGCAAGCGAGAAACGGGAUCUGAGCCCCGAACGAGCGCCUAGCACCAUAGACGAGGACAAAUUCGAGAGCAUUCCCAAUACACCAAUAAGGGAAAAGGACGAGAACGAUGCGCUGAAGAAAGAGCCGAUGAAUGACAAAGACGGUUGGGGUUCGGUGUAA